AUGCCAAUCAGGUUAGAAGCUGAUAAUCAUGAUGGUCCAGAUAUAGAGUCCCAAAGCGUUCCACUACACCACACGAAACCCCUUCUCGUAAGGAUACUUAAUGGACUUAGAAUUCACAAUGUUCCAAUAGUUAAUCUAGUUACUAUAAGUGUGUUAUUCUUUUUCUUGAUGAAACUAACCUUCAGGUACACUGGAUUGUAUAUGAAGAGUUCUUUAAUAACGAUUAUUGUGACUAAUUUAGUGCUUUAUGGGAUAUCGGAAACUUUAGCACAAUCAAUAUUAAGUUAUAAACCCAAUCUGCCGCUUUUUGAUUUUAGAAUCAAUGAACAGCCCCUUAGAGAGAAUGAACUAUCAGUCAAUGCGGGAGAUAUAGUAUCUUUACCGACUGAUGAUGGAGAUGAUGAGUAUCGCAGUGAUGAAGAAGGGGUCAACCGGUUUAUUGAUUAUAUUCAAGAGGAUUCUCCGGUUGGGGCUCGUCCAUAUGAAGUCCCGGAUCCGAUAACUGUGAAUGCUAAUAUAUUGCCAUUAACUUAUUUCGAAUUUGGAAGGUUGGCAAGAUUUAUGUUAUGGGGUGGAAUCAUGGGGGUUGCUCAAUGUUUAUGGUACAAGUUUUUACAAAUAUACUCUAAAGAACCUAAAUUUAUUGAAGUUUUAAGAAAAGUUUUAACUGAUCAACUUUGUUAUUCACCAGUUUCAUUAUUUUGUUUCUUUACGUACGGGACUAUGGUAUUAGAAAAUGGAACAUGGGAAGAUGCAAUGUUAAAAUUAAGUAAAUGCCAUUCAGUUCGUCAAUUUCAGUAUUAUGGAAUUGUUACUUAUCAAUGA